AUGGCGCGUCGCCUGGCGCUGCUUGCGCUGCUGGCAUGCGCGGCGAUCGCGCGGCCCUCGCGUCCUUACUCCGCAGAGAAUUCAGACUCCGAGUCUCUCGACCCUUUCACGUUAUGGGACGAUUACGAAGAUUCUUUUGAGACCAAACGACCUACUGCGAAACCCGGUACAAAAAUCAUACUAAAGAGUAAACUUCCCAAAGUGAAUAUGACGAAAAACACUCAAAGUGACGAUGCUAAGAAAAAAGUAAUAAAAACAACUCAUAUCAAUAUAGCAAGCCAUACAAACUUUAUAGUGACAAAACGGCCCGUGUUGUACAAUAAGGUAAAAAAACCGGGAUCGAUAGUGAAUGUUGGUGAUGAUUAUGUGAUUGUGGAAGCGUCAAACGUUGCUGCUAGUGAGCCGCCCAAGAAACCGGUGACGACUCGCCGUCCGCCCUCGACCCGCCGCUCAACAACCCGUCGUCCACCGGCGACUUCAAAACGGCCAACUGUAAGACCAGUUCGAACACCUUCCAAAACUACAAAGACACCAACGAGAAAGAAAACUACAACAUGCUCUCCGAAAAACCCCGGAUGGCUCUCUUCAUUUUUUCAACAGAAUAAAAUAAAGAAACCACUGAAAUCCGCAAGCACAGCAAAAAAACCGAUAAAGAAGUCCUUGAAAAAGAAUUAUAAAGGCUAUCAAUUACUACGCGCAUAUCCUGACGAAAAAAAGAAAAUUAACGAACUUCUAGAUCUUCGCGAAGAAGCUCAAGGUUCUGGCCUGAUGUGGUGGUCAUCUCCUUCUUUAAAUGGCUCUACUGAUCUUUUGGUUCCACCUGAUAUUCUGGCCGAUAUUAAGGACCAUUUAAAGUCAAUAAAAGUCGAUUUUGAUGUAAUAAUUUGGGAUUUACAGAAAGCGGUGACAUAUGAGAAUCCAAAACUCUCUAAAAAGCAAAGGUUGGAAUUGGAACAUUUGCGCGGUCACCCAAUGACGUGGCGACGAUAUCACCGCUAUGCUGAUAUAUUGAGAUAUUUGGAAUUCCUCCAACAUUCUCAUAGUGAUCUGGUGGAGCUCGUGCCUUUAGGAAGAUCUUCAGAAGGACUGCCAUUGGUAGCUGUUAAGGUCAGAGGACGAUAAUAUCAAUAUAAUAUAAUUGUUUUUAUUACUAUUGUACCACGUAUUAAUUUGGUAAUGACAUAAUUGAUGUACAUGUUGUUAGUUCGGAUAAAGAGCUGGUAAAUUUCUUUUGCUUUUUCUCCUUGUUAACCAAAAAAAAUGGACUAAUCAAAAGUGCUUGUAACAAGCUUAUUUGAAUAAAGAAUUUUUAAUUUCCAAUAAUGUAUCCUGAAGGCUAGAUUAUUGGAAAUUUGUUACUUUGAGAAGUGUAUGCAGGUUUCCUUGCCAACUAACGAUAGCUAUGCGAAAGAAACAAAUAUUAAGAAGUGGAAGUUGCGUUCUCGCAUGAAACCAGCAGUGUGGGUCGACGGCGGCUCCCAUGCGCGUGAGUGGAUUGCUCCAGCAGUCGCUACUUGGAUGUUGCACGCUCUCAUAGAAGGAGAAAAAGGAUUAGGUACAGAGUACGAGGUAUUAAAACAAGCAGAUUUUUAUAUAAUGCCGGUGUUGAAUCCUGACGGCUACGAACAUUCCCACACACACGAUCGUUUGUGGAGGAAGACUCGCUCGCGCCUGCCCGAUCAUACUGACGAUUACUUCGACGGCUGGUAA